CCGCCCCGUCACGUGGGGAGCGGACGUGGAGCGGCGCUGAGGCGGAGGCGAAAGCGAAAGAAAUGCCCGGUUAUAAACUUUCCUUCACGGGGUGGUGGGUUAAAGAUGGGCGCUGAGGCGUUUAAACUUCCCUUCAGGAAAAAAAUCAGUGCGUGGCCGGAGAGGCAGAGCGGGGAAGCGGGAGCGGUGCGGAGCCCUCUGGGAGCUGCUGCCCGUCGGAGGCUGCAGCCAGGCGGGGACCGGCCGCUUCUGCCAGGGAACCAGCGAUAAGAGGAGAGGACACAGCCUGAGGCUGCAUCUGGGGAGGGUCAGUAUCUCAAGAUGGAAUUUAGAAUUAAACACACGUGGGAUGGUUUGCCUGUGAGCCAUGAGCCGGUUUCAAUUGGGCUGAGGCCGGAUAAUGCAGGAUUACUGAUGGAAGUUCGUGCUCCUUUCUUUAAUGACCCUCCAGCACCACCCGGAGAGCCAGGGAAACCUUUUGGUGGACUGUGGGACUAUGAGGUUGUAGAAGCAUUCUUUCUGAAUGACAGAACUGAGCAGUAUUUAGAAGUUGAGCUUUGUCCCCAUGGUCAGUACUUACUGCUGCUUCUUUCUGGCAGAAGAAAAGCAUGGAAAGAAGAACUUCCUUUGGAGUUUGAGGUGACCAGAAUGAAAACCAAAUGGGAGGGUAAAGCUCUUCUUCCCUGGAGUUAUUUUCCACCAUUCACUGACAAGUUCAAUGCCUUUGCAAUUCAUGGCUCGGGAGAAGAGAGAAAACAUGAAGCACUUUAUCCUGUGCCUCCACACGAACUGCAGCAAGGACAGGAACCAGAUUUUCAUCGUUUGGAAUUUUUCAAAGACUUGAACCUGAAAGAACUGACAGGGGAAGACUGGAAGCAGCCUGAAUCAGAUAUAUGGAAAUCUCUCACUAAGUGAAUGGAUUGAGGCAUAAAUUUUUGUAAUGUUGAAGUUGGCUGAAGCUGUAUGGAAACAACAGCUUCCUCAUUCUGAGCAGAGGUUGUAGGUACCAGAUUAGCAAGGCUUUCCUUCGUGCUGAAAUCAUGGAUCAGUCUGGAAAUCUGCUGCAAAGCAUGUGGAUCUGUUGAUUCUAAAUGGAUGAAUGGCUUGUGUUUAAAUCCAUCUGGGUAUGGAGUUUUUCAUGUGUGCAAGGGAUGAAUCUGCUGCUGCCAGUGAAGGAGGAAAAAUGUGCUAAAAUUGCAGCUGUGUUUUCAUGAGAGCUCAGAAGUCUGACAAGGCCAAUACUUGGAUUGAAAUCUUCUGAUUUCCAAGAGUUGCUGCAUUGCUGCUGUAUUUUCACUGCUGCUUGUUUGUUUGUUGACUGCUGAAUGAGAUCCUUAUGUGCCUAGAUGUUUUUGCUUACAAUCAGGAGGAAGAAUGCCUUGUUCAGGAACAGAGAAGAAAGCUUUGGCGUGUCAGUGCACUCAGCCAUCCAAUUGCUGUUGCUCCGUUUCCAAUUAGACAAUGUAGGUUCCUUGCUGUAAAGUGCCAUCUGUUGAAAAUUGUAAGUAUUGUACAUUCAGUUGUUUGGCUUCUUUUCUACCUUCUAUCCAUGUACAGUUUUCUAUAGAAUGGCAUCAGUCUGAAAUACUGAAUAAUUGAAUAAACGUUGAUUAAAGUAUUAUCUAGACAUUGACAUCUCAAAGCUGCUUAGAAAAUUUUAGUCAAAACCAAAAUGUCGUUUUGCAAAACUUUUAGACUGUAUUUAAAAAACUUUGUCAAAAAAGUGUGUGCAAAGAUUCAAAAUGGGUAUACUACUUUUCUCACAAAGAUUGUUUUCAUAUGAGGAAUGGUACUUUUUACCUGAAGGACAGUAAAUAAAAAUUUUUAUUCAUCUCAUGCUUAUUCUUACUUCAAACUGACUGCUUCAGAUUUGAUUUUGGAUGUAAAUGAUUAACUUGGAGGGAAAUAGAUUACUUUCCCUAAAUAAGUAAUUUAAAGUAAAACCAUUGUCUUUGCAGUACAAAAUGCAAUGCUAGGUGCCCCAGAAAAUGGAAAUUUUUGGACAGACUUUAUUCAGGGCCCACGUUACAGCAUGCAGCCGUUUUUUUGGUUCACUUUUGUGUUUCUGAGCUUUAAGUGUCUGUUUGAACUGUAAGUACUGGGGGCCAGUUGUAGUUUGUCUUUCCUGAACUGUGCCUUCUUUUUUUUAGAUGACAGGAGGAAAAUGACAAAACAAACUCUGUUCUGCAUGAUAAUGAUAGUGUGUUCAUUACUUGUGAACUUAAACAUGAGAACUGGAAUUGUACGUGGCUCAGUCCUCCUUAUAAUGUCCGUCAGUCUCUUUAGGGCUGGUGUUUAAAAACAUCUUAUUUUGCAUUCCCAAAGACCUUGUUCUUUAUGCUUCUUGCCGCUAGGUGGGAGAAGAAGGUUGUCUAAACUGUGCCUUGGUGCUGCCAGCCUAUUUAUCCUUAACCAGAUUCAUUCCUUCUUGCUGUAUACUUGAUUUUAGAAAAAGAAUAAUUCAGUCAAGCUGAUGGUGGCUUAUUUUGAUUUAUUUGAGACAUUUUUGUUGUAAGAAACACUUGUCAUGCUGUGUGGUUACAGUUCUAAUUUUUGCUUUCUUGCAGGGCUAUUUUCAAAAAUAAUUUUUGAGACAAAAUUAAUUCAACAGAAGAUAAAUUCCAUGAAGUGUCAGUCAAUCUGUAGUGUAAAAGUAGUUUUGUGAUGUUCAAAUGAUUUAAAUGUUACUCUGGAUUUUAUUUUUUUGCAAAUGUCUUGGAUAGUCUCUGGCAAACUUUCCAAGAGAGUUGUUUUGAAUUCUGAAGGAAUUUAUUUCUUUCAAUACAGCCUGAUCUGUGAGAGGUGGUGUGCCACUUCAAGAGUGAAGCUUCAGUGGCUCGAGCAACCUGCAGUGAAACAACAUGAAACCUGUGGCUUAAGAGGGACAGAAAAUUCUUUUUCUUCAAUACAAAAAUGCAAAAAAAAUUUUUUUUAGAUUUAUCUGGAGGUACUUUUGUGCAUGUCUGCAGCAUCUCAUGUCUGUGCAAACACAUCAAGUGAACAGAAGAGAAGCCCACUACUCUUAGAAGCACAUAAAUAUUCUUUGUCAUCCACCACUUUCUGUCCUAAUGGGUAGCACUUAGGUUGUUGCAGGUAUUGUAACACCUAACCAUGCAGUAACCAAGGCUAAAGAAGAGAGUAAUUUUCCUGAUUUAUCUUAAUGUUUUAUAUUUGUCUGUAGUUAGAGAACAUGGGUGGACAACUUCAUGAUUGUCCUUUGUUUUUAAUGGGACUUUGAGAGAGCUGUAGAAGAAAAAAGGUAUUACCUUUAUCAGCACUGUCCAUAGUAAGAGUGAAUUAAACAUUUAGAAGCAGUUAUCUUUUGGGAUGGUAGUGGGUUAGACAUGGCUGUCUUGACCCAAAAUGACUCACACACUAUUUUGUAAGUUUAACACAUAGGAAAAAAUUUAUACCCUUGCACCAGUGUUUGAUUGAAAAAUCAGUGCUUUUCACUUUGAAAAGUUCAAAUGGAAAUUAAAAAUGGAAAAACUGAUGGUACCACUUAGUGCUUUGAGAGAAAGCUUUCACUUCUCACUUUAUAUAGACAGGGUAGAUAUAGGUGAAAUGGGAGGAAGAAAUUCUUCACUGAGAAGUGGUGAGGCACUGGAAUAAGUUGCCCACAGAAGUUCUGGUUGCCCCAGCCCGGGAAAUGUUCAAGGCCCUGUGGGAUUGGGAUUUGAACAACCUGUCUGUGACAGAGGUGUUGGAACGAGAUGGUCUGUGAGAUCCCUCACAACCCAGAUUAUUCUGUGAUUCUAUUUCCAUUUGUUCAUUAAAAGCAUUUGCCACCUAAGAAGAAUGAAUUCUACACUAUUUCAUGUGAGUGAAAGAAUGUAAAUAAUUUUAUCCAAUACUUAAGGAAGAGACUAAACUGAUUCAGGGACCUGAUUUGUGAGGAGGAACAAAGUUGUUUUUUUUUUUGUCAAUAAACCAAGAUUGGGCUUUAAGGCCAAUCUUAAAGGUAAGUUUUUAUUCUUUAAGGUAGGUUUAUUUUCUUUUGACUUGAAUGUGUUUUGGGUUAAACUGAGAAUGGAAUGUCAUCUGCAACAGGACCUUUCAUCUAAUGAAAAUACAGAGCAUCCUUUGUAAGUUGAUUAUUUGCAUACAAUUACAAGGAAUUAAUGUUUUAGAGGAAGUACAGAAAUUAUAUACAAACAACUGGCAGAGAAUAUAUAUUUAGCUGUAUUCCUUACAUGGGGAAAACCCAUUGACUUUGAAGGUCCAGGGCUGAUUCACAGUGUGCAGUGGCCCUGGUUUCAGAACUUGAGCAAUGUUGUUAGAGAAAAAAAACUAUUGUGGGAGCUUUUCCUUCAUUUUAGGCUUGUUGUUUCCAUAGUACCUCAGAAUUUUCUGGCUGCCUAAAGGACCCUAGGUGGUCUCUGGUUUGCUCUGUUAGAGCACCAUUUCCUACUCAGUCCUGAUCAAAAAACCAUAUUUAUGCUGCUUAAAAAAAUUAGUAUUUUGAUGUGUAGCUUCCUGAUUGAUGGGAAUAUAAUAGAAUUUACAUUUGUAAUGUUAAACAAUAUUACUAUACAAUUGUUAUUCUUCAAUACUGGUUUGGUUAAUGCAAAUAAAUUCUUUAUAGUUAUUUGCUACACUAACUUAAGACCUCAUUGCAUUUAAAGCAAAACUGAAUUUUGUUGCCCUGAAAUGUGGGUCAGGGCACAUAUACACAAUACACAGCAGUAUUUGGCAAGAUACGUAUGAGGCCUGGAGUACUGUGGUAGACUUCCAAGUGGUUUCAUAUGAAAGCCAGAGACUGAAUUCUGGUUUCAUCCCAUCUAAGAGAAUUAAUUUUUUAAGUGGAAAUUGUUAGUGAAACUCAUAGCAUUUGCUUGCAGAGUGUUUUCCCGUUCCUUGUUUUCAUCACUAAUUGCCAUUUGGUGUAUUUGAAAAUGUAAAGUCAAAAAAGGAAUCUGGGAUUGAUCUAGGACCCAACUGCCUUUCUAUUGUGGAUGUAGAAAAAUCAGUUCCUACUGUCAAGGAACGACUAAAACUACGUGAAAAUAAACGUCUGGUUGAGCUUGUUAAGUUGUGUUGUCUCACACUGAAAAUUACAGUCAGGCAAAUGUUCAAGUUCUAAGGGGCUACACUUGAAUACUUCUUGUGUUUUUCAUUGAUAUAAAUUCUGACUGCAGAGGGAUAAAUGAGGUUUUAAACUUCUCUUCUUGGGCACAAAGAGCUUUCCAGAAACGUUCCCUUAAUGGAAAAUAUUUGAAAUUAUUUUCCCCAAUCUUCUAAGUAGAGAUGGUAUUAGUAUGAAAAAGCUGUAGCUUAAUCUCUCAAAUUCAGGGACAUGGUUGUUCAUGUUCUGUUACUAUCGUCUCCAAACCCAUGAUUUUUGUGUCUAUUUCAAGCAUUUCUUAUAAAGUGACUGCUAACAGCUUACCUUUUCUUUAACUAUGGAGUAAAAUAAUUUUCCAGGACAUCAGAUCAUUUUGACAAACAUGAUUUUUGUUUUUCAGUAGUCAAAAAAGCUGCUACAACUCCUCCCCUUGUAGGAAAGGACUCAGACCUUUGUAACAGCUACAGCUUAAUUAUAGCCAUGAUGUACCUGUUCCCUUUCAAUACAGAUUUUGACUUUGCAGAUUUUCAUGCAGUGUGGUUCAGGGUGGCUCUUGGGAGUGAUCUUGGGACGCUGUUAAAGUAGAUUAUUUCCGGUGGCCAAAAGGGAAUUCUCUCUAAUGAGAUUUUCCGAACCAUGGAGAGACUGCACAGAUUCCUCACUGUUUGUAACAUGCAGGUAGGAAUAUAAUGGAAAACAGGAUGACAGUGCUUAUUCUGGACAGUCUAUACUUAAGGUUCAUGGUAAUAAGUUAACUUUCCAUAGAUCCAUAUGGAUUUUACAGAAUUAUAUGUUCUGGAGUGUUUCAACUUCCUUUGCUCUAAAUAGAACCUUUAGGAUGAAAAUCAGUAAAGAACAAACUGAUUCAGAAACCAUAAAAUAUUACUCCCUGUUGUGGUUUAGGAAUACUGCUCUGCAAUUUAAUGCUCCCUCUGAGACUCUCUAGACCACAAGACUCACUCACUCCUCACUCCUAUCAUGUUUUUAGUAACUUGGUUUUAGGGAAUGAUUUCUGUAGGUGGCUGAAAAGAGUGGUUAAUAGUCAGGCUUCUUUCAAUUAGAACCAAAAAAUUUGUUUAAUUCUGAGCUUAUUAUUGCUGGAUGUUACUCUAUCAAAAAAUCAGACACUGGCAUUACAUUACAGGUAAUAACCCAAGUGAUGGUUGUCUGUUUUGCUGUAGUUAGUUUAGUAGCAACUUUUCACUGUGUUUUUGAUCUUUCUCUGCAUUUGAGAACCCUGUCCUGGUAAUGUUGUAGGUCACUAACAAGAAAACCCCCAAAUGGUAACACAUUUGGACAGGUUACUGGAUUGUCUUGUACACUCUGGUUUGGGCCAAACCUUGACAUGGGCUCAGGACACUUGUUUUCAAGUCAGCUGUGUCACUGAGGGUAUCUUGAAGUCUUUGAGAACAUUCUCUGAAUUCUGUAUAGUGCCACUUUAAAUGUAAGUUCAGGAACUUUAAAUGAAAGUGUGUUAAGUUUUCUUUGCAGAGUGUUAUUUAACUAGAGGGAUUCUGGAUUAAUUUAGCAGCCAGGUCUGUUCUCUCAGCCAUAAGCCAUGCUGUCAGGGAAACUUAAUUACACUUUAAGUGGGAUGCAAAUGAGUUGUGACACUACAUCAUUUCACAUGAAAGGUUCAUUACUUACAUUAACUGCACAAUACUCUCUCCUAAGCAUAGGGCUCAUUGCAAUUUCUCUGUUUUUUAACAUGGUUAUAUCUGACUAUGGCUUUUACUUUUAAUGUGUCUUUUCCUACUACAUGUCCUUACUUAAAUCGUUUAAGCUUUAAGCUGUUGAAUUUAUUAAAUGACUUGGACCUGAGUAGCAUAGAAGAUACUAAAAUAAGGCCUUUAAAGUAUUCCAGAAGUCUCACUUUGAAAUUAUUUGUCAUCUUGUGAGUUUUCAUGUGUAGCAUAUACCUUGCUAUGACACAUGCUCUUUAGUAGGGAUGUACAUUUCUUCCUUCUUUCCCAGAAAGAUUAGAAGAAAAUAGAUGCCAUUAUUCUUAGCAGUUCACCAUAUUUGUCAAGUCACAGUAAAUCAUGAUGGAAUGAAAUAUCUUUCUAAUGACUCAAAGUUAUGUGACUUUGAUUCAUGGAUGGUCAUUCUCAAGUGAGAAAAUAAGAUACGGUGAUAUGUCUUAAACUGUUACACCAGCUCCACAGUUCCUUGGCAGGUUUGUACCAGUUGUUCCUAUACUGGUGAAAAAGGUCAACAGGACAGCAGGUGGAAGGAGUCUUGAGUGGUCUUGGGGCUUAUUCUAUUACCAAUAAAUUUAUUUUGUUUGCAAGUUCACACUAAACUAGAUUCUAGUUAAACCCCUUGUUGCUGAUUGAAUAGAGUCUUGAAGGCAAGACUCUCAGGUACUUUCAGCAUUACACUGCUAAUUUCAUAAUUGCCAAUCCAUUUACUAAACCCCAUUCCAUUUCACUGAAUUUAGUGCUUGCGAAAAAUGCUAACGUGAUACCCUUGAAAAUACCUGGCAAGCAUGUCUGUUGCUAAUUCCUGUGGGUUCCUGAGGAACAUCCUGUAUCCCUGGCUGUGGAGGGGGAACCAAAGAUUCUAUAUCAGUGCUUAAACAGGCUGUUGUCAAAAGCAGAGCUUUAACUAAGCCUUUGGUAGCAUCUCUCAUCAGUAGGGGCACUACGGACCGGAGUGUGACUCUUCCUCAGUCUUAUUUUCGUUAUGACAUUGGGAAAAGUGAUACCUGAACAAGUUCUAAUGAAAGAUUUAUUAGGUCUGCAGUCUACCUCAGUUCUAAUUUUAUGCACCUCCGAAGUAUGGCUCAUUAAGUGCACUGCUGCAAUUUUAGGAAGGGUAUCCACGUUCGUAAGUGCUGUUUAGCAUGCUGCAGUGGCUCCAGCAACAAAAUAACCUGCUUUUCCUUAGGGAGACUUUGGGUAUCAUCAUGCAUCUCUUAAUUUCACCUCUUUCCCUUCUGUUAAAUUAGAACAGAAGGGAGACCUUAUUGCCUUCCCACUAAGUUUGAGACAAUGUGGUUUUGUGAAACUUGUGAGAAUGAUUACCCAAAAUUCAUGUGCUGCACUAUUUUAAAGUAUGAAAACUCAUUUCUGGGCUGAAAACUGGUUCAUAUAUAACUACAACCAUACCAGCAACAAAUUUUGAUCUUGCUGCUUCUUUGAAAAUUUGUCAUUCUAUGAAUAUCCCUUUAGUUGUAUAAGGUAGAAUGCAUUAGAAAAUGAAAACAAACCUUUUCUGAGGUGUUUACACUCUCUGGUUAGGUUAUAUGUUUGUGGAUAUACGUAUUCCCACAGGUUUAGCAGUCUUAAAUUAAGCUGAGUGAAUGGAGAAUAAUAUGAUGUUAUGAACUCUGUACUUACGACCUAGAACUUGUUCUUCACAAAAGUCACACAUGAUGCAGUUGUGUGAAUUAUCCAGGCCAAGGAAAAAUCUGGUUCAGAAGCUGUGUUGAAAUGUUCCACAGGUUUUAUUUUGGUUUUUUUGGUUUUUUUUUUAUAAGGAGAAAUAGAGACCUGCAGCUGCAGGCAGCUAAGGCUUGUGACAUCAACUCCUUCCUGCAGUGCAGUAAAACAGAAUUCAUAUGGAAUCACCAAACAAAUCAAAAACCAAAUGGGAUUUUUAGUUCAUAGAGAACUUGCUUCUCACAAUUGAACAGUGUUUUGGUAUUUAGGGUGAACUGGAGUUUUGAAACCUUCACUUUUUUAUAGGUUGAUGCAUUUUUCAGAAAUUUUGAAAACUUAAAUAACAUGAAACAUCAAUUUCCUUUAAUAACAGACCUUAAGAGCUGAAAUACUCUGAAAUACCAAGAUUUGCAUUUAGAAGCUUUCCAGAGAUUACCUUGUUUUUUGCAGUGAAAAGGGACUUAUGCUUGAUAGUUAUAAAACUUUUUUGGUGUUAUCUAGCAUCUUCUUAGUUUUAAAUAAUAAUCAAUGAGUUUGUAACCAGAAUGCUGUUUACUGUGCAUUCCCAUUUCUGGGAGCAACCUGGCUUGAAUGGCUGGUAUGUACCAGGCUGGACUGAAAAAGGGGUUGUCCAAAGUCUGUAGUUUUCCUCUAAGUAAAAGGAAAAAGAGCAGAAAAGAAUGUGGAGGCAUAAGGAGUAACUAUGAAACCUGGGACUUUUGAGGAACAUUUUUAGAUCCCCUUGUUCUCUCCAUUAAAGCAGUUCAGUUCUUGAAUUCUGUUUUGUAAUAAAUCUAGUUGGUUUUCUUUUUUUUUUUAAAUUCUACAUCAGAUUAUUAUUUAUUUGUGCUUAAGGUACUAAAAAUGCCUUUCCAAUAUCUGUGAGAACAGAGCUAUUCCAGACAGUGCAACUUGCCCAGUGCAUUAACAAUACUUGGUUGUCAAACAUUUGCCCUAUUACCAAUUAUUUCUGUGCAAAUCAUUAGAAUUUCUGGACUACCAUGGGAGAAUAAUUGCUAAGAACUUUUGAAAAAAAUGUUGAUUUGUAGUUUCAAAAAUGAGUGGGAAAUGGGUUGGAAUAAUCUUGAAUCCCUAAACUUGUUUACUUAUAUUCAACUAGAUAGUGUCCUAGAGGCCAUUUGAAAUGUUUUGGCCUGUUUUAUAUGCUAACUGCAAAAUAUUGAUAGAGAAGUAUUCCAGUCUUAUUUGAUUGUGUGUAAUCUUGAAGGGGGAACAAGACAAGUAGAACAUCCUUUAUGAAAAAUGAAAGUCAAGACUUGGAGAGCAGCUGUAGAAAUAUUCCUAAGGAAGCACAUUUUGGGGAGAAAAUGGACUGUUCUAAUAUAACACUAACAAAAUAGGAUAUCUAGCACUACUGUUCAAACAGAAUUGCACAGAAUUAGAAACUCAGUACAGCUGUGGAGUAGUGUAACACCUGAACAAGUUCUGGGGAAUAAAAAGCAUACCAAUAAAUCACUUGUCAUUGUAAAUAAUAGAAUACUGCAUCAAUUUCUUUCAGCCAAAGUACAGGUUCUACAAAAACUGCUUUCUCAAACAGUGUGAUCUUACUGGAAUAUUCAGCAUUGACUUCCAUAGUUGCUGAGGGACAGAAUUCCAGGGAGUAAGGGAUCUUCAGUGCACUCUCCUGUGUGAUUCUUUUUCUCAGCUGCCUGUUCCUGCUGUCUCUGUGUCUAUGGCUUUUGCUGGGUGAGCCAUGGACACUCAUCUCACGGUGUGCCCGUUUUGAGCAGUUCAGUGCAUCUGUGCUGUGAGGUCUCUGACAAUAUCAUCUCCCUCCUAGAGGUGCCAGUGAAAGCACAAGGAAUCAAUGAAGUACCUGUGCUGAUCUUCUCUGAAGAGAAAGAAUGUGGCACUGCAUAAUCCAGUGAGUGGCACAGCCCAUUUCUGCCAAGUGAUGAGAAUGCUGGAAUAAUAACUUCAUGGAAGCAGUGAGAGUGGAGCCAGCACAGGUGUGUGUGACAGGGAAAUGGGGUGUGCCCUACAACUGUGACAUCUGUGCUGGAGCUGCCCUGAAAAUCUGCAAGGAAGCCUGAAAGCAGAGCCUAUUCCCUGCAAUGGAGGGGAUCAGUGUCCUUUUCCAAUGUCCAUCUGUACACAUCCAAAGAGCUCCUCGUACUUCUAGUCUCAGGAAGUGAAACCCACACUUGCCCCAGCUCCCUGACCCUAUCUGCCUCUUGCCACUGUGCAGGGCAUCCUGCUGCCUCCUUUCAAUGGCAAAGUCCUCAAUAUUCCCUUCUGCGAAACUCAGAGCCCUGCAAGCACAGUGCCACAGCAAGCAGCAGGCCAACCUGAAAAUGAUGUGGUGACCAACCUUGCAUUGGAUUUUAUGAUGUCAUUUGCUGUUGUUCUGUUUGUGUGAUUUUUUGCUUGAGAUAACACAUAUGCUGUUUACAACUCUUUGAUGGAAGCCAAGGAAACUGGAGCUUCUGACAGUAAUUUGUAAUCAGCUUUGUGAACGGUUGUAAUUAGACAUUUGGAAAAUGCAGCAUUUUGCUUUCACUCAUCGCUCAAAGGAACAGGGACUUCAGUUGUGGUUCUGGGUUUAACUUUCCUCCAUGCACUAGGAGAAAUUUGGGCUUAUUUAGUCCCAGGUCAUUUUGGCAUCUAUCACAAAGGUAAAUGAAAGUUUGUAGUGUUGCAUGCUCUCUACGUAGUGUGCAACUAGAAAAUGACAGUGCCUGUUAGAAAUAAGUCAAACUGUCAAAACUAAACAAAUUAAUAUUGUCUCCUACAUUGUAAAAAUGCAUUUGGUAUAUAUCAAAAAUAUGCAAUUAAAAAUAUAUAAUUGAAUAAGUUUUAAAAUUAAAUUAUAUAAAAAUAUAUUAGGAAAAGGUAUUUUACUCAUAUUGAAAAUAUAUUCACAGAGUGACAUCCUAUUUUCUUGCUCCUGGGAGAAUUUUAACUUUUUAUAUAGAAAACCAAAGGAUCAUUGAUAAGCUUUCAUCUAUUGACAGUAUUGUUAAAGGCAAUCACUGAGAUGGGGAUUUGGGUAGUUUUAGAGAUGAAUGAUGUGCAGUUUUAAAAAAUGCAAAUUCUUUCCAUGUUAACAGCUUUAAUAAUAAGAGUAAGAUAAAAACCUUAAGUCUUCUGUAAUGCAUGUCUGUAACAAAAAUUAUAAUUUUGCUUUUUUUUUAGUGUCAUACAAAACUGAAUUUACAUUUGAGUCCUAAACCACAGAAGCUGUCCUUGUAACAUCAGAAAACAGUGCACAUGUUGCAGCUGUCCUUAGACUGGAUACAGGCCUGUAAUUAAUUUCAGGGCCUUUUCUUAUAUCUCAUGCCUCCAGAAAGAGCUUUUAUUGACUUCUGAGGAGCAGCAGAUUGCAGAGUGUUGAUCCACUUUGGUGGACUCUCUAGAGUCGCUUCUAAAAAUGAAGAUAUUGAAACUGAAAUGACAUAAUACCAAAAUUUGUAAAUCAAAAAAGUUUUGACUCUUUUUGUAGUGGAGCAGGAUUAUCUAUAUGUAAUAGUUCUCGUUUUGUGGUAGUGGAAGUUUAAAUAUCUGUGCCUUUUCAUUUGACUUACAUGUAUUUAGGGAUUGGUUUGCAAAAAAAAAAAAGACAUCUUUCUGAAUAGAAUGAAGAGUAAAAGUUGGUCUGACCAGGCUACAGACAACCUUACUGACUCAAAAUUCAAAUGUUGGAAGUGUAAGAUCUCUUUUUUACCAGAUAUUUGGCACACAGCUUUCAAAAAGUUUUUUUUUUUUUGCCCCAAUGUUUUUCUUACCAACCCAGUAAAACAUCUUUCUCAAAAUAUGCUGUAGGACUAUGUGAACUACUGGAUCAAAUCUUCUGUAGAACUCACUUUUCUCCAGAGUCCUUAUAGUUUGACUGUGUCUUACACAAUGCGUGGAAUAAGUACUUUCCUUUUCACCUCCUGCUGGAUUGCCUGUAAAAAAGCUGUUAUCACAAAAGCAAAGAUUUAAGGGCAGAACACUGGCUCUGGUGAGAAUAUAGGGAGGAGCAUCACUCUGAGGCAGGCCUGGAGGUGCAAUCACUCUCAAAGUCUCGUUGCAGUCCCCCAAAGUGGCUCCUAUGAAAGUUGCUAGAAACAGACUUGCCUGGGGGCAGUUUUUCACAGCCCAAGAAGGAAAGGGUAAAGAACUCUUCUGUUUUCUUUACUUGUCUGUUUUCAUGCACAACUGUUGCAAAAAAAAAAAAAAACCAAAAAAACAACAAAAACCCAGUCAGUUGUGAGUCACACCUCUAAGGAUGCUGUGUGUAAAAGCAAUUUGAGCAGUGGGAUCCCAGCGAGCUGCAGUAUGUACUCUGACUCCUUCAAGGAGCUGAAUCCAAAGAAAUUACACAGCUUGUCCCCUUGCCUCCUCCCCUCAAAUCAGCUUAGAGUGGUUAAAAUGGUUGCUCGGGGAAAUGCAAUAAUUAACAAGAUUUAAUAAAAGAAAAUCAGCGGAAUAUGAGGAGUUGAUAUUCUUUUUUUUUAUUCCUAUAUAAUAUCAGAUAAUAGUGAGAAAGUGAUUACAUUUUAACUAAAUGAAUUAAACAAAGCUCCAAAAACGUAAAUUAGAAUUUAACUAUGCUAUUAAACCCCAAUUUAAUUAGCAAGCCAUCAUUACUAGAUAAUAAAGACCUAAUACAAAAUGCACAACAAUUUCUUGUAUACACAGGGUAAAAAAAAAACAAGCGGUAAAUUCCACUGAGCAGAUGACUUUCUGUUACAUUAGUAGAGGAAAAAAAUGCUGAAUGGAUGUUUUAGGACAUAAUGAGGAUGAGGAAUUAAUAGAACGGUUGGACAGCCCAAUUUUAGCCAUAAAUGAUUUUAUAGUUAAGGGAAGACCUAGGGAAUACCAGGAUAAAAAUAUAUGCACUUGAUUUUCUUGGCAUUAAAUUUUUUUCUGUGGCUGAAAUAGCCAGUGAAUUUAUAGUAUCCUUAAGCUAACGUGCCUUAGAAUUUAUUCAUAAUUUCAGAAGAAAACAGUGAGUUGAAGGCUUCACCGACUUGUGUGUGCCAUAAGAACACACAGCUUGGGUGUAUAUUAAAAGGUGCUGGUUUUCCUGAGAGAAAAGCAGUUUCAGGCUGGUUAAUGCGUUUUUGUUUUGCUGGAUUUGCGUGCUGGCUGGGUAGAACCUGCCUCAAGUUCUGCAGAUGCGAGCGGACAUUUGGUCUGCAGUUUGCCUCUGCUUUUGGUUUUCUCUCGGGUCUUAAGCUCGUCUGCAGGACAUGUCAGGAAGGAUCAGAGUCUUUGUACUUCUUGACGCAUUUUAAUAUCGUUGCUGUAGGCAGAACGUGCCUUGGUGGUGCAGCCCAGUGCGGGAUUUUUGGCACGGAUGGGAUGCCAAGAGCCAAGUCCUGCAGGAGCUCCCAGGAAUACAUUUCAUUGCUGUUUCCUCAUGGCUGAGAUAUGAGCGGUGCCAGUAGAUGGCAGUCCCGUACUUUGCUUCUCGUCCACCCACAGUCAGAUGACAGAAUUAUCCUUUUAAUUUUGAUGCAAUGAAUACUGUAGCUAAAAGAAAUGCUCUUAGCUUGAUAAUUCCCACGGUGGUGUUUUCUUCUGUGCCCUCAUUAUCAAGGUGCCGGCAGGAAGUUCCACCCCUCUGCUUUCUCCUCUGCCUGAUGCGAAGAUUCCAACUUUUACCUUCCAACCACGUCUGUGUGCAACUGAGAGCAGGUGUGUGGAAGCUGCCGUGUAGCCUGUCCCCGUGGCACCGGCAAUACUUCAUAAUUUAUAAGCUUCGUAUUUUAAAACUCAUUCUGUCUGAGUAAUUUUAAUCACCCUACCUGCAAUUGUCCCUGUAGCAUCCUGAGGUCAGGCACCCUCUCGCCUGAGGGGCUGCCUUGUGUUGAUGGCUGAGGGUGAAACAGUUCCAUGCUCAAUCACAGAAGCAUAAGGAAUGCAAUUUGUUGUUCAGGCCCAACUCGUACAAGCUGUUGGGCACACGCACAACUUCAGGCAAGUGAGUUGGAGAUACUCAUGGAUUAAGCAAUCUGUAGUUUUACAGGGUCUUUCAGCAGGAUUGGGGCGCUGUUUGUAAAUUGGUCUGUUGAACCCUUCAGCGCACUUGGGACGUGCACAUCCACACUGUGGAAAUGCUGAGUUAAUGUAUUAACACAUAUGACUGCAUCUGGGGGAAGAAUAUACUGAUAUCUUAAAUAUUUUUCUAAUACCACUUCCCAUUCUGUCUAGGUGUGACUUGAGACAAGAGGCAAAGCUGGUGAUGUGUAUUAGUUAUUCACUCUGAGUGAAAUUUUAUUUACAUGGAAGUGUUACUUCUGAAACCAGAUGGUCAACACCAGAGACCAGUGAAUAGACCUGAUGAACUGAUAUAAUCAAGGUCCAGGUUUGCCUGCUUUUUUGGCUUUGCCUCUCCCUGAGCUGUUUUAACAUUGAAACUUUAGUUGGCAUUAAACUACCACUUCUGUGUUUUCUGAAAGAUUAAGAAAAAGCUAAAUAUGGGCUUAAAAAAGACACUGUCAGGUUACAAUACAUCCACAGAAUAAUGCUGAGAGAGUAGGCUUCAUAACACCAGUAAAUUCCCUAUUUAAUGUUGGGGUGGAUGAGAAUGUGCAUAGAUGUACUCUGCUGUACUGCUCCUCGCUGCUGCUGUGAAAGCAUCUUAAUCUGAAAAAGGAGUAAGAUCAACUGCCCCCUGAGUUAUAUCAUAUCUAACCCUGUAAUUAGUGGUUUGGAAACCAAAUGGACUUCAGAGUGCAAAAACCACGGGGAUGUUUUAGCUCAGAAUGAAGGCAUUGUGCAAUGUAUUCUUGCUGGUAAGAUGCCUUUACUGGUGUAACGAGGAAAUGCACAACUGUAACACAAAGGAUGAUUCAUUAAAAACCAGGUGGCCACCCAUAAUGAUAAUGGGCUCUUGCCAAGCAAAAUAAAUACCAAUUAAGAUUCUUAUGAAUUAUUUAAACAUAAAUUCCCCCCCUCCCCAGUUAAAUUCUAAAUCGAGUCUUAGCUUUGGGUCAGUUUUAUGUGGAGAUCUGUAACCCUUCUGAGCUGUGCAUGCACUCAUUAGCUGCAGGCACAUUUGCACAUGUGCUGGAUUUCUCUCCUAUAGCUGCCAGUCUAUUAAAUAAAGACCAGGGUCCAUUCUCAAAGCCUUGCUGCUUUGUUGCCUCCUAUAGGAAUGUGCUUUUUUAUGUUUCUAAAAGGUGUCUCGGCCCAAGGACUCUUCCUCAGGUUUGAGGAAAUCACCAGCUGUUAAAUUAACAGUGAUGAGGGUUGCUUUUUAUUUUUCUUUGAUUUCAGGCAAUUAGUAUUCAAUACUAAUAGUAUAUAUAUAUAUAUAUGUAGUAUUAUAUACUAAUACUAAUAGUAUAUAAUAACAAUAGUCUUAUUAUCCACAAAAUUUUAAUAAAAUUUGCAAUAUUCCAUGUGUGUGUGUGCUGCCAAGAUCUUCUGGCAAGAAGAUCUUGCCAGAAAAUGAGCAGCCUUUUUGGCUAAGUUUCACUGGUUCUUUCUGUCAGAUGAUGCUGAAGACAUUAGGCACUGUAGAGUCUAGGAUCAGUUUGACUGUAAUGAUUUGUGAAAGAAAAAAAAACAAAAAACCACAACAAACCAUUACUAGUAAUAUUUAGCUAUUAAAUGUGAAGUUCUCAUAGAGUAUUUUUGGUCCAAACAAAAUUUACAUUGUUUGAAGUAAAAACAGAACCUGUCUUUGCAUGAAAAGUGUGUGUGUGACUUAGAAAUCAUUGAAGAACAAAAUGCUCUGCUUUUUCCCCAAAUAAGAGCAGAGUAAGGCCUUCAUUAGCUCUUUCUUCCCCAAACAUUUCUGUGUUUGGUGCUUUACUGGGGUCUUUUAUUUGUUAAUAAUUUUCUUGUUUCUCUUAAAAGUCAGUUUAGUUGCACUGUUGAGAUUUUAGAAUGUGCUCUUGUCUGGUGCCUCUUCCAGUGGGAGAGGGGUGUAUCAGAGAGGAAAUGUGUUCAAGUAUUGCUGCAUUCUGUGGGUACUCUGGCCACUGCUAUUGGUUUGACAGCCAGAGAAAUGUUUGUUCUCUUUUUCUUAGUGAAUUCUGGAAGGUCUUUUUCCCUUUCAACCUUUCUGAAUUAGAUGAAGGAGGGGAAGACUGGGGAGGCAGACAGGCUAGAAUGGAAAGUUAAUCAGAAAUCAAUCUUGUGACAGUUAUAACUGCUACUGCUGAGUAAAAUAUUCAAAACCAAAAAAUUCUCACUUUUACUGGCAUGGCAUAGAAAGUUUGGGGUCAAAGUACCAUUACCAGUGCUUGGAAGCUCUCAGUAGUACAAAAGUUGCUGAUAUAAUCCUGACAGCUCUGGGAUUUUGCAUUCCUUAGUAAAUCCUGUCUCAGAUGUCAGGGAUUGGAUUUUAUUUUUCCCUAUUCCUCUUAACAGUGUGUUUACAGGAUUCACAACAAUAUCUGAGGAUUUGUUCUUCUUGUAAAGCUGGUAAGAGUGAUGUGGUUAAUCUUCUUCACUGUGUUCCAAAUGUAUGCCCUGUUCCUCAGACUGCCUCAGUAAGUAUUUGGUAUUAACCAAUAUACAUCUCCUUGUUGUCUUCUUUGCAUCCUACUUUCCCAACUCUGCUUAAUUUUUGUAAUCACAGUGAUACAUGUAUUAUGAAUGUCGCUUUUAUAGUACCUAAUCUAGUGUGGUAUUAGCAUAAUCUCCUUUAAUUUUUAUGUUCUUAAAUAUCUUUUUUCUUCCCUCUUUUUUAAUAUGAAAAAGACCCAAUUGGACAAAAGUUGAAGAAAUUCAAAUGUUCUUUUUAGUUCUUUCUUCUGGCUAGUGUCCUACCAUACAGCAGCAACUGCUGAAAAAGAAGUGCUGGCAGGAAGGCAGCUUUUUUUAGAGAAACCUGAGUUUAUUGCACACAGUUGUCUCCAUUGAAAUGUUAAAAAGCAGAGCUUUUCAGCAGUCACUUCCCUGUCCAUUGAAAAUCGAGUUCCCUCUUCCUGUUAUUUUAUCCAUAGAUUCAGUAUCUUACCUUUUUUCAAAUUGAAUUUCGUAAGCCACUUACCUGCCCAUGAUUUUAGUUUAGCCAAAUCCAUGAGAAUUUUAUUGCUUCCCUAUUGUGUAUUUGUUGAAUCACCCAUUCCAUGUGAUCAGCACAUUUCAUUGCUUUGCUGCAUUUUCCCCCUUUCAUGCUGAUAAAGUAAACAAAAUCAAUACUGAUAUUACAGUACUCCACAAGUCAGCUUCUUCCACUUGGGUCUGCCUGUAGUCAAUAAAUACAUUCUGGCUCUCGUGUGCUCGCUGGUUUUUAUGCUCCCAAGCACCUCAUCUCUUAUUGUCUCACAUAUUAAAGUGAAUACAGGGCAAUAAUUUGCAGCAAUCAUGAGAAGUUGGAAGCUGCUUAGAGUCAGGUCUCCAAAAAAAGGCUGAACAAAAGGUUGUGGCAGCCCUUUAAAAAGCAGAGAAAUUUAGAGAGGUUAUCCCUAGAGUUUAGUUGUAAAGAACAGAAGAGCAUACCUGUUCCCUGUUUAUUUAUUCCUGUCUCCAUAUUAUGAGGCUCUUCUGUAUAGCACAUAUACAUAUUCAUGCAUAUAUAUAUAUAUAUAUAUAUAUAUGAUAGGACAUGAUGAUAUUGGCUAUUUAUGAGUAUGAUUGUUUGAUUUUAAUAUCAAUUGUCAUGGUUACAUGCCUCCAUGGUGAUAUUCUGUCAAGGUCAAGCUCCAGACACUCUGUACUAAGAAGGAAGGUUCCUGACAUUUGUGCGAAAAUGGCAACUUUUAACUUCGAGUAAGAUAUAGAUUUGUGGUUAGUCCUUGCAUUGAUCACUGAAGAAAUUAGGCUCACAACAUCAAAUUGCUGCUUUUGUUUUCUACAGAGCAGACCCAGCCUAUUCUUCAGAAUAUUUAAAAUCAGUACAAAAAUAAACAUCAUACAAAUCAUAAAAUAUUGCAUUGCAGCAAUGUAAUCAUGUUUUACCUGGCAUUUAAUAAGAAGCCUACUUAAUUCAAGCUCCAGCUCAAAUAAGAAUUCUCAGUCAAUGAAUCUAUGAGUAAAGAGCUUGUGGAAGAAGGAGAAAGAUUUAUGUAUGCCUUUCUUUUUGCUAAAAUGAAUGAAAAUAUCUAGCAUGAAUAAAUAUGUUCUAGGAAUUUCAUUUUGAGCAAGAAUGGGGCCCUCAAAUAACAGUUACCUUUAAGGAGGGUGUUUGGACUUGUACCAGUCAUUUUACCCACAAAAAAACCCAAAAAACAAAAAACCAAAAAAAUUAUAUAUAUAUAUAUAUAUAUAUAUAUAUAUAUAUAGAGUUUCAGUGAAGAAGAGAAAGUCUGGAAGCCAGGGGAAGGAAGCAUCAAGAUGUGACAUAAACUGAUUAUACUCACACUGUAAAGGAGUUUUAUUUAUGUCCCUUGAAAUAUAAUAUUUUAAGGCAGCCUUCAGAAAAGGCUGAGAGAUCCAUAUCUUCACGAAGCCUAUCCUAUUAUAUCCAGUUGCAAGUACAAAUCAAACAGAAUUUCUACAAUGCCCUUUGAACUCUACAAUAAAUUCUAGACACAGAAGAGAUGCUAUCUUUUAAUUUUCACAAUAUGGAUGUUCUCUUCCCAUCUAUAACAAGUUGAUGUACUUUUUGCCUGAUAGCCACAAGCCAGUCUAUUAGAAAUAAUGCCUAAAAUAACUUCUAGUGUAAAAUAUACUGGAUGAGGUGCUGGUUUUCAUGUUGCAAGCAUUACAAGCUGAAUUUAUUUGCUUCUAAUAAAAGAAGAAAGCAAAAAAACCCUGUACUUACGCUUCACUGGAAGGAGUUCUGUGUCUGAAACUCUCUUGGUUUUGAUGUUUAUCUGAUUUAGUUUUAAUGCAUUAUUGCUAUAGGGUGAGCUGUUGUUCUCUGUCAUUAUUUCAGGACUGUCUUCAAGGUCUCUGGACAAGGUAAGAAGCAGGGUAACAGCAAAAAAGCCCAGUCUAGCCUAAACCUCUAGUGUUUGCACUUUCAUAGUUACUAUUCUUGUGGCUAUCAUUCUCUCCCUGAACUGCACGGCUUAAUUGUGCUUGUCAGCAAAAAAGAAAAAUUGUUUUUUAAAGGUGCACUUGAGUUUUUCCUCAGGACAAGCCUCUUGGCUGUACUCACUGGCAGAAAUGCCUCCUGCAUUUUGCAUCACAUUUGGACUGGGAGAUCCAUCCAGUCAGGCAUCUGAUUGAGUAUUCUGUGCUCUGUUUCCUAAUAUUCGAUUGAAAUGUUGGAUUCCCUCUCUUCAUAAACCCAUCAUUCACAACUACUGUGUUCUUCCAUCCAGGAAUCAUCAGUGUCAGCAUUGAUAGGAACAAGAAGACUGACAGCCACCUCACUGAAAGCAGUUCUUGGCUUAGAAAACCUAAAUGUAUUCAGUGUAUUUCAGUAAAAUUUCAGUAAAAAAUCGAUAUAAUUUCCAUGAAAGACUGGGUUUGAGGUACCAUAUUUAGUCAGGAAAUAAGAUUAAAAAUAAUUUAGAUACUGCCUCUUAUAAUUGCACAAUACACCGCAUUUAAAAUAUAUUUAACCUAAGUUUAGCUACCAUUAUAAUUUUCUGUGCGCUAUUAAGUCACUACUGCUGCCAAAAGUGGACAAAUAUCUUGCACUGAGCACAUAACCAGCUAGCUAAAGGAAAUAACCACAAACUAAUUUACUGUUCUGUGUAUCUUAAGAUAUUUCAGUCCAAUGGAAUUUCACGAAGGAAGCAAACACAAACUAUGCUGUAAUAUGAGAAAUAUCCUGGCUGCCUUUUUUACAGUCAGACUCACAGUCCUCAAGCAGGUCUUGGUUUUGAAAUUUUCAGAGUCAGAAGACGGAUGAUUGCUGUUAAAAGUCCCACACUGCUCUUUAAUCAGAAGGUAAAUCCAUAAGUGAUGGAGACCAAGAGCACCACAAGUCACUCUUGAGUGUUUCUGUGACACAGCAGUAAUGUACCCUCCAUUUUGAGGUUCAUUAAUGACACGGUUGUAUUAGCUUCUGGCUGUAUCUUAAAAUAAUUCCUUUUGUUCCAGAUGCACUUAGCCAGGUCAUGUCAGCUGCUUUGAGAUUGUAAUUGGAUUAGCUGCUCCCAGUGAGGGACACUUCUCCACUUUUUAUAGCAGCUGACCUGUCUCAUACACUGAAUGGAGUCCUGUGGCUUUUUGGUGAGAGACACAGUAAAUUAAAUCAGUCAGAUUAAAGUAGACUCUUACUAGUAGCGUGUUCUGUGGAUGCCUCCUGAUCUCAUAUAAAACAUGAAGGAAAUAAAAUUUUAUAUACUUGAAGGAGUAAAAAAAAAAUAAAAAAAAUCUUACCCUGUAUAACAUGUUCUUUCUUUCUUUCUUACUUAAUAAAGACAGCUGCCAAGGACACAACAUGUUCUUUAAAAUGCAAAUUCUUUAGGAAUGAAAUACCUUUCUAAAAAGAUACCUCUUCAAAGAAGCUUCUUUGAAACAAAGCUAUACAGACACCAUACAUAAUUUCAGGGGAGCUUAUAAGUGAGCCUUAAAAGCUUUCUCCCAUGAUUUCCAUGGAAUUCAUGGUAGAUUGUAUCCCAGGAUAUGCUAUUUUUGUGCAGUCUACUAAAAAUUGGUUUAAAAAUUAAUUGAUACAGUGAAUCUGAGUGGAGUUCCUACUUCCCCCAAUAUCAGAAUGGAAAUAUUUUGACUAACAACCUCUCUUUCAGAAAACUGGCUGGUGCAGAUUCUCUCUAGAUGGCAGUGGAGCUCUUUCAAUAAUGAUUCUGCUUCCUUCCCCCACCCUCUUUCCAUUUCUUCUGGAGACUCAUUUUUAGCUGUAUUGCUCUAUGAUUUAACAGGGCUUUGAUGCUGUGAGAUGUUGGCGGGCACAAAUCAGACUUUCUUUUCUAAAAGGAUAAUAUACUGCUUUUUCAAAGUCAAUUAACACUUAGGGCAAAUGAAAUGGGGAGAGCUAAAGGUCAAUUACUAAAGGAUGGCCACAGAAAUUUUUCUGGUUUACACAGCAUUCAUCCAGGGAUUGCAGAUCAGUGGGGAAAGAAAGGAAAUAGUAAUUAGCUCAUUUGAUUUCUUGAUGGUUACCAACAAGAUAGUUAAAUACAGCUUAUCUCUUUUAUUAUUAUCAAGUGUGACUGGUGCUAAUAAUCAUUCUGACCAGCUCCAGACCACGCUUUUUCAAGGCAUUGCACCUCCAUCACAGUAGCUGCGAGGUUGUUGUGACAAUUUGUGCACCAGGCAAAGGUUAGCAGAGAGAAUAGCUUUAAUACCUCAGGUUUGGAGUGGAGUUAGUAAGCUUUGUGUGUAAAAGAAAUAUUGUAGCUGGGCAGUUCAGCUAUUAAACAAAGAAGGGCAUUAAAGGAAAGGAGACUGAGUGGCUUUUUCACUGCCAUUCAUCAUCCUGUUUAAAACAAGCAAGUAAGUUAAAACUUGGCCUUUGGAGGUCUGUGGUGCACUUUCAUUGGCUAACCACCAGCUUAGUUUUCAUGUCAUGACUGUGAUGCUGUUUUACAGGUGAACCACUAUGGAUUUAAAGAUUUAAUCAGACAGGACUCCAGCUGCUUAGAUUUAUCUGUCUUCAUGUUGGUCAUCUGAGUCACUCUGGCAUAAGUGAUGCAACUGAGUAGUAUAAACCACAAACAUUUAAAUCAUUUUCAGAUUGCCUUGUUUAGAAAAGUGAGGCUUGUGUCAAGAACAUGCAGAUUAAAGGAUCCCUUCAUAAGAGUAACAGUAACCCCAAAUUUAAAGGACCAUUCGUAACAAAGUGAGGUAGCAGAUUACUCUCUUGUCAGCUUAAUGGUGGCUACACAUGAAAAAGGCCAGCCUUGAGUUUGUGCUGCUUGUCUUUUGUGUGUCAAACAGCUUUCCAGGUAAGACUCACACUUAAGAUUGCAGUCAAAGUUCAUUUCUAUCUUUUUUAGAAUAAUUCUGCUGAGUACAAUAACCUUUUCCUUUGUGAAUAAGGAGUUUGUGUUUGCACUUACAUGAAAAGAGAAAAAGGCCAGUGUUACAGGCAGCAGGAGAUUAUUUCAGGCCUGACUAUUCAGAGGGCUUUGCAAGACCAUGGGAGCCAGGCAAAGCAUAUAAUGAACAAAUUCUUUUGAGCUACAAACUAUAUCCCACUUGAAGGACAUAUGUGAAGUUUUGUCACGGCAGUGACUGCUAUUUUGUUGAUGCCUGAGCUAGCUAGAGAGGACAAAGGCUGCACAUUGGUUUGCCUUGCACAGUCCAGCUCAAAGAGAGACGUUUUCCUGGCAAUUAUUCAUUUCACCCUGCUGCCUGGGUGCAAUGUUUUCCCUGGACAGGCUUGCUGCUGGAAAGUUGGCAGAAGGUUUAUUUGUGGCAGACAACAUGAUAUUUUUGGAUUGCUGAACACCCAGGAAACGAGGGCAGGUUCACUGAGCACAAUCAGAUGCAUAAAACCCGGGAUGGUUUAUGGCCAUUACCGUUUAUGACUCUUCAUGGUCCUUCUCUUCACCCACUCAGAAGGAGCCUUGUAGAAGGGUGGUUCUUCAGGAAGCUGUACCUACAGAAGACUGAAGCAGUACAGCUUUGAGGAUGGAGGAAGAGAACAUCAAGGACUGAACAUGUUUAUGGAAAGUGUGUUUAUGGAGAAGACUUUUGGUAGUUUAUUUUCCUUGGACUCAACUGCAAGACUGAAAGGACAGACUUUCUUUUCCUGAUGUUUGUCAGACAAACUUGAAAAAGAGAAGAAAAAGGGAAGAAAUUUCAAUGUGGAAUUUCCUGGAAAUAUUUUGUCAUCCUCACAUGAUGCAACCACCAGCAGUCUGUUCUUUUCUGUAAUGAAUGUGAAUGUAAAGGGGAACUGAAGACCCUUAUCUGCUAUGAAAGAAGAUUUGAAUAAAAAAUGAUUUUUGUCUUUUGUUCAAGUCAGCCCAAGAAAUGGUUUUUAACCCAUGUGGAAAAAAACCUCUUGAUGUAUUUAUAUGCCCUGUAGCUAAGAGAACAUAAAAUAUUAUUGGAAUUUGGAGCAGUUCGUUAAUUACUCAUGAAAUUGAGUUCACUGUGAGCCACAUAUUGAAUGAUGCUGGAUUUAGCUUACGUAAUUUAUAUAGGGUUUAUAUCACAUCCCCUAUGGAAUAAGUAUUAAGCAAGGGAGUCAACUGUACCUUCCUUGUCAAGCAGAUACAAGUUAGUUUCAGAGGGUGAAAUAUUGUAUUCCUAAGCCACUGAAGAAGAGAUCAAUGGCCUUCUUUCUUGACAAACUUUAGAAAAUCUGUGAGGUAGUUCUUUUGUGUUACUCUUAGCUGAGUGUUACAUAUUGCAUCAAGUGUUAGAAAGCAAAUUUUUAAAGGGAGGAGCAUUUUUCUUCAUUUUUUUAUAAUACCAUAAAGACUGAUGUGCAAGAGAAUAUAGAUUAUGUCAAGUCCUUUCAGAUUCAAAAUUUCAAUAUUUUCUUCUGCUACAAUGGUUUAAUUUAGAGGAGUCUUUUGGUAAGGGAUUUGUAUCUCUUUAAUGAAACUGAAGAGCAUGAAAUGUGGUUUCCCUUCUUUUAAAUGAGGCCAAUUUUAGAGAAAUAAAAUGAGACAUGAAUAAA